UUGACUCAAAAAACAUUGAUAGGUGUGACAAAGAUAGUAGAAAGAUAGUGAUUUAGUGAACAUUUAAUUACAUGCUUUGUGCAAGAUGGGAAAUGCUCAACGUGUUCUGGAGAAACAUGGAUACACAAAGAUUAAAACAAUCGGUUCGGGAGCUUUUGGGAAAGCAAUCCUGGCAAAGUACAGUGAAGACGGAGAGAAUUACAUCCUGAAGGAAAUGAAGUUGAUUUCAGAGGAAAACAUCAAAGUUGCAAAAGAUGAGGCCAGUCUUCUCAUAAAGAUGCACCAUCCAUUCAUAGUGGGUUAUAAAGAAUCAUUUGAAGAGAGUGGCAGAUUGUUUAUAGCAAUGGAUUAUUGUGAGAUGGGGGAUCUUGACAAAAUGAUUGAACAUCAGCUGCAAAAGGGCGUUCAUUUUCCAGAGAAAGAGGUUCUUGACUGGUUUGUCCAGAUCUGUCUGGCGGUGAAGUAUGUCCACGAUAAGAAUAUUAUCCACAGAGACAUCAAACCACAGAACAUAUUUGUAACUAUGGAGGGGACACUGAAAUUGGGCGACUUUGGACUUGCCAAAGUACUUCCCAGAUCACAGGCUUAUACUGGUACAGUGGCUGGAACACCAGUCUACAUGGCACCUGAAGUUCUUGGUCAAACACCUUACAACACCUUGAGUGAUGUUUGGUCUUUGGGAUUGGUACUCUACAACAUGUGCAAGCUGAGCUACACACCUGAAGAUUGGAUUGCGGCAAUGAAGAAUGUACAGAAUAUCCGUCUGUCCAAAUACUACUCCAGUGAUCUACAGGAUCUCAUCAAUGACUUACUAACUCCAAACCCAGCCAAGAGACCCACCCUGGAUGAUGUUCUUAAGAAACCAAUCUUGGCUCGACGUAUACCUAAACAUCUCAGUAUUGAGGCCAUAAAACAAGAAUUUGAUAGAGAUCUUCUCUAUGCAAUGGGUAUCGAUGGAAAAGGCUCUUUUUUGACGGAUGAAGGAAUAAUCGCAGAAUUGAUUUGCGAACUGAAAGAGAACAUCAAGAUCUUCUGCGCUUUUUUCCGUGGAGAUCACCAGCAUCUCAAAGAGCAGACCAGGCACCUGGAUGAAAUCACUGACCGGCUGGAGAAAGUCCACCGCAAAACCACCAUCGGCAGCCUGACUGGGGGAGUCAUCGGCGCAGCCGGGGGAAUCACCUCUAUAGUCGGGCUGGUCCUCGCACCCUUCACCCUGGGAGCCUCCCUGGCAGUGACGGCGGUUGGGGUGGGCAUGGCGGCCGCAGGAGGAGCCACAGGAGCAGUGUCCAACAUCACCAACAUGGUCCGGCAGAAGACCUUGCGCAAGACCAUCGAAGACAUCGUGACUGACUUCCAGAACAAAAUAAACCCCGUGCUCGUGAGUACGAACAAGAUCAAAGGCAGAGUGGCCAAAAUGCAAGAAUACCGCAAGAUCGCAGUAACGACCCACAGGCUAGAGGCCGGGAUGGGCGCAGGGCGAGGUGCAGCAGGCUUGUUGCAGGUGGUCCGACUUGCCAAGGCCGUCAACGUUGGCCGCGUGGCUGCCCAGGCAACACGAGCCGUCAGCGUCGCUGGGAAACUGACCACAGUCCUCUCCAGCCUCAUGCUUGUCCUGGAUGUGGUCUUUAUCGCCAAGGACGCCAAAGAGAUCCACGAGAUGAAGAAGCUGAAAAAGAAGGCGGAGAGAGAGAGCGGUCCCAAGCUCUCAGUGGCAGAAGCUAACAAAAUCAAGUCAAACAUGCUGAAGUUCAUCAAUGAGAUGAGGAACACAGCCAGACAUUUUGAGAACAUUCUAGAUGAGCUGGAGAAAAUGAAGGAGGUUGUUAACAGUGAGAUAGUGCCCAAGUUGUGCAAGAUUUAAUUAUCUAAGUCUAUUCGUGUAGAUUGAACAAGGUCUCUCAAAUAAUGGCAUUGAUCAUGUUCAUCUGAAAGAAGGAAAGGCUAGAUAUCAUUUCCCCACAUUGACAUCAAUUCCCUGUAUUGAUUGUUUUGUUGAUGCCAUUGAUUACUAACAGGGAAAUGUGACAGGAUAUCUGUCAGCAUCCAGGAUUUUAUUAGCAUUUACUUUUGAGAUAAGUGUGUGAACCGGUGAAAGUUUGAUAUUAUAUUGGUGGCUGAAUAUGUAUAAUAGUUUUCCUACAUGUUGACCAAAUUGUUUUCAAGCUUUUUACAAUUAAAAUGUUA